AAAACGAAUUUCAAUUGCAUGUACACCUCAAAUCAUAAGUAAAGUGCAUAGUAGAUUUCGAAAAAAUGUUAAUACAUUUGUCAAGGCUUAUACCAAAUUUAGUAGGCCGUUGUUUCCAUGGAAUUAAACAUCAUUCAAGCAAAUGCAGUGUACCUUUGUUACGGAAUUUGGAAGAUGUCGUCAACAGUCGACAAUCGGAGGCUUUUCGUUCGGUAGUGGUCCAAGUUGCAUCAGAAAAGUCGUUUGAUGAUGUUCACAAUUAUUGUAGUCAAUUUGGUCACAUAAAAAAUGCCUACUUUUAUACAGUACCAAAAGAUACUAGCUUCAUAUUGCUCGAGUAUGAAAAUGAAAACUCUGUGAAUGAAACAUUUCAAUCGUGUGCAUUUCCAAAUCUUAGUUCUGGUGUGGUGCCAGUAAAAAGUAAAUUCCUAUGGUUUCGAAAUACGCCAAAUAAAAGUAAACUGAAAGCGAUGAAUGUGAAAGAUCGUAUAGUGCUUAAUACGAUUGAAGGAACCGAAAGGAGUGCAACAGAUUUGAUGAAAAUCCUCGUCGAAGCCGAUUCGGUAUCUGAACAAAUUAGUUUAUUGUAUGAACACACACGACUGAAUGACCUGGCGAUACGGCUAAGAUUUCUGGGAGCGUCACAAAUUCAAACAGCACUUGAGGGCUUGUUUUUAAAGCAUAUUGUAGUACCAUUUGGAUCAACGGUCAACGGUUUUGGCAAAUUAGGAUGUGACCUAGAUAUGAUUUUGCAUUACAAUUCAGAUGAUGAAUCAUUCAAAUUGCCAAAUGAUUACAAUAGCAGAAGACUAAUGUUCCAUACAAAAGGCUGCCCAUCAGAUACAGAUACAAUUAGGCGUGGAAUAAUUGAAAAUCAUAUAAAAUUCUAUGGUGCAAUGUGUCAAUCAUUCAUACCGGGUGCUUCAAAUGUUACACCAAUACAUAAAGCUCGCGUCCCGAUUGUGCGUUAUUAUCAAAAUUUCUUGAAUUUGAGUGUGGACAUAUCAUUGCUAAAUAUGACCGGCUUUUAUAUUUCGGAACUUUUUCACACAUAUGGAGAGAUAGAUGCUAGAGUUCGACCAUUAGUAUUUUUGGUUCGAAGAUGGGCACAAGAAGCGCAACUGACAACAAAGAUCAACGGCACACCGAGACCACACUCGUUUACAAAUUUUCAAAUAAGCUGUUUGGUUUUAUGUUUUUUACAGCAAUUAUCCGAUCCAAUUUUACCCACCGUACAUGAAUUAGUGUCUAAGGCACGCAAAGAAGAUGUUAGAUUCUCAGAAGAACAUCGAAAAUACACAUUUUGUCGCGAUCCAAAUGAAAUUCAAUUCAAAACACAAAAUACGAACUCCUUGGAGGAAUUGUUUAUUCAAUUUUUGGAAUUUUAUGGUACAUUUGAUUUUACAAAACACCUAAUUUCCUUAACUUCACAUAAACCAAUUCGAAAAAUUGAACCUUCACCCUUGCAAAUUUCCAAUCCAUUUGAAAUGGAACAAAAUUGGGGUCGAAACGUAAGUUACGAUGAAUGUCUUGCAUUUAAAAUGAAUGCCCAAAAUACUUUUGCGGAUUUAAUAGAUGUCGACGGAUCGCAAAAUCCAAACAAAAAUCGAUGGGGAUUGCUAUCAAUAUUUCCAAAUUUAAGAUAAUUAAGUUUUUAUAUUAUUAAGUAGUGUAAAAAAUUGACCGCCAAUAAAAAGACAUUCAUUUAGACAGUUUA